AUGAAAUUGAUAGGAAUAGUUGCACUAUUGUCACUUGGUACUUCAGUAUUUGUGGGGCUGGAAAUCUCGCUGGAGAUUUCCUCACUGGAGAUAUCACUGUUGUCUUCUACAGAAGUGGACACUUCCUCACUACUAAGUAGUCUGGACUCGAUCGAGUUGGUGAGUUCUAGUCUGACUGAGCUGGGCUCAAUUCUGCUGAGCAGUAGCCUGGACUUUAUUGAGCUGCUGAGCAGUAGUCUGGACUUCUUUGAGCUGCUGAGCAGUCUGUGGACGGAACUGGACUCAAUUCUGCUGAUCAGUAGUCUGGACUUCAUUGAGCUGCUGAGCAGUCUGUGGACGGAACUGGAGACAGAACUGGAGACAGAGCUGGAAACAGCUCUGGAAACAGACGUGGAUGGACCUCUAGUCGAUAUGGAACAGGUGUACACGGAAGAAGUGGAAUACGAUGUUGAUGUUGAGGAAAUAGUGGGUUUGGCAGAUGCUCCAGAUCAAACGGUCAAUGACUUUGAGCAGGGUGUAUACAUCAUUCAGUUCGAAAAGGACCAACAGUCACAGUCUGACUUGUGGGAGAACUUGGAGGUGGAAGGAUUCCAGUAUAAUAUUGACGACAUCGACACUGCGAGCGAAGAAUUCGACUUUGUAACAUUACUGGUACUGAACGAAAAUGAAAAUAACAGCACUAACUUGACUGUUCUGAACUUGAUCGAAGCAGCCGAUGGAACAGUUGGUGUGCUGAGAAAUGAGUUUAUCAGUAGCUACUUUUCGUUGGUACCACUUCUGGAACCCAGUUGGGACCCCCAUGUUGUAACUGGUGUGAAGGCGUUGCAUGAAAAUGGUAUCCGAGGUAAUGGGGUGGUUAUUGGUAUCAUCGACUCUGGAAUCGACGCUACACACGAAGUUUUUGCUGGAAAAACCAUCGACGGAUGGAACUUUGUGCACCCCAAUAAUCCAACAAAGGACAUUACUGACGCAGACGGUCAUGGAACGUUUGUUGCUUCAAUUAUUGGUGCCAAUUCCAAAUCAAUGGUGGGAGUGGCUCCCGACGCAACCAUCAGGAUGUACCGAACUGCUGACGUACCCGAUGGAACACAUCCACAUGCAAGCAUUUUGAGAGCAGCAACUCAAGCAAAGAAAGAUGGCGUAGAUGUGCUUUCGAUUUCACUUGGAUCUCCAAUGUCCUCCUACAAGAACAGUUACUACGGAUUGAAACUUGCAGAAAUAGCUCGACAGAUUCCUGUGGUUGUGUCCUCUGGAAAUAAUGGCCAUCUAGGAUUAUUUCAAUCUCAGAGAUUCGGAUCUCAAAGUUCUGUGAUCUCCGUUGGUGCUGUUGAGGCGUCCAGCGUGAUAAUGUGGCCAAUGACAAUCAUCUCUGGUGUAGACGAGUUAUCUGUGGAGUACGUUAGGCUCACUGCGUUUAAUGCAAUAGGAACUUUCAAUGCUGAAUACGUUGAUGACUUAUGCAAAUAUCCAGGUGGCAGUCCAGGUAAAGUAUUUCUUCUUGGAUACGCCAGAACAUGCGAUAGUGCAAAACUCUAUUCUUUGUAUCCAAAUGUUGUUGGAUUUGUUUCUUUUUCUAGCAUUCCCUCUUACUCAGAAUCCUCAAGAUACGGUGAAACCAAGACAAGUGUCAGAGAUUGGUUAGUGAGUAAAGGAGGCACCUCGGGAACUUUCCAGGUGAAAGUCAACAUUGAUACAGCUAAGCCUGUGAUGUCAAGCAGGAAGGAUUCGUGGGCUGGCAAGAUGUCAGAUUUUUCCACUUGGGGACCAACUUACUCUGCUGAUUUUUAUCCGUCAAUCCUGGGUCCUGGAGGUAACGUUCUUGGUGCUGGAUUCAAUAAUCGAUACAAAGUAUCCAGUGGUACUUCAUUCUCCGCACCUUAUUUGGCAGGUGUAAUUGCUUUAUACUUGAGUCAGAACCCUAAUGCUACUCCGGACCAGGUGAGGAAGAGACUUCUUUCUACUGCCAACUUAAUGCCACAUUUCAAAGACGGGAAAGUUAACACGAAAUGGCGAGAACCGGUUGUACAUCAGGGUGCGGGAAUGGUCGAUGCGUGGAAGUUCUUAUACGCCAAUCAUGAGCUCAUUUCCGAUCCUCUUCUUUCAUGGGGCGACACUUCUCCAGGUCAUCGGAAGAGCGACGGGAUUCUCCAAUGGAAGAAUACGGGAACGAAGACUAGAACUUACAGAGUCUACUUUGGCAAUGCAAGGUCAGUGUUAGCCAAAUCUACGUCUCGGGGCCCUGCUAUAUUCUAUCCUCCAGCAAGUGAUCAAACAGCAGCGAUAUUGGCUCACAGCUCAGCCAAUACUGCUAAAGAUAGGGCAUUGACAUGGCAAGGAUACUUUAAAAUCAAAGAUGAUCUUGGAGAAUCAAUCACUGUUCCGUAUAUGGGAAUCGAGACAAGCGUGGUAUCAUGGCUUCCCUUUCAUGAGAAGCCAACGAUGUCACCGUCGACAUUUUCUAUUGCUAAAAACAAAUGGCCUACUUUCACCUAUACUUUGGACUACGGAUCAGAGUAUCACAGCUUUGAUCUUGUUCAGACAGACUUUCAUUGGGCACAAUAUAAGAAAGGCAAGUGGGGUCCAGUCCAUGGGCUUAUUGGUCCCUUGAAAGGGAAAUUAACCAGUUCUCCAGAAGGCGAAGAGAUAACAGAGGACUUUUCAUUUCCAUAUUACGAAACAAUUUUUGGAAAGUUCAAAUUCGAGGUCAGUGGGUUAACUUCUGGGAGAGAGAUUGGGCCGGGUCAGUAUAGAAUUCUUAUGCGGGCUCAAAAGCCACUUCAAGGCGACAAGUAUUCUUGGAACUGGGAUUAUUAUCUCACCGAUAUUAUUAGUUAUAGACAAGGGUUGGGGUUAAUUGACGAGAAUGAAAAUCCUCCUUCUUCGUCGGCUUCGACAUCUUCGUCGACUACAUCUGAUAUAUCUACUGAGAGCUCCAGCACGGAAACUUCAUCCAGUAUUGAUCAAAUCAGCUCUUCAACGCCUCCAGAUUCGGUGUCGCCAAGUCCAGUAUCUCCAAGUCCGGAGUCUCCAACACCAAACACUCCAACACCAAAGACUCCAACUCCAAACACCCCAACAUCAAACACUCCAACACCAAAGACUCCAACGCCAAACACUCCAACACCAAAGACUCCAACGCCAAACACCCCAACACCAAACACUCCAACGCCAAACACCCCAACGCCAAACACUCCUCUCACCAAGUCUUGUACUAGUGGAUGCAACGUGCCCAAGGGUACGGUGACUAUUACCAGGUGUUCGGAUGGUGGCUGCGAACAGUUACCUGUGACAAUUGGGGAGACAAAGACAGUCGUGGUGACUGCAACGACUUGCACUAACAACGUCUGUUCGCCCCAGGUAACACUGAUAGUAGAAGUCGUAGACACGACUAUUAUCGAUGGAAAGGUGGAGAUUUAUACGUCACUGUGGACAAUUGCUGCGCCCAAAGCUGAGAUCUUAACCUCGCUGUCGACAUUUGAUUCUCUGACAAUUGAUGUUGUAAGUGCGUCCACGUUGUUCAACUCUGCUUCUAAAGCUGCUAGCCUGAUUCUCAUGCUUUUACUUUCGCUUCUAGUUAUCUAG